AUGGUGCCGGUCAUGGGCAACAAGGGAUGGUUUGCCGCCGCGACCAAUCUGCCGCAAGAUCGAGGCGACACAGUUGUCGACCGCGGCGUACUUCGGACUUCUUUCCGCAGAGACACGCGGCCGUCCAGGGCACAACGCGACCCGACCGCUCACUUCGUUGUUGUCCUCGAUGAAGUUCUAUCGGCACGACACAGCGGCCGGGGUAGCGUCCGUCAACCAGCUACCGGAAACUUGCCGCAACGCGACGGUCUCUGCUAUGUCUUCAGACGCGCCACGAAGGCGUUCAGUAUCUGUACGCCCGCUAGCUACGCCGAUGUCGUCUGCGAGCGACCGCGGUGCUACCUCAGCCGUCUCUUCGACGCCUCGCCUGACGCCUCGGUGACGGGCAGGCUACUGGCGCUGAGCAAGACGGGAGUUCGACGUGAUGGUAUGCUCCCACGAGGUACCACAGAGAAGAUGUCGACGGCAACACCCAAGUAUGCAAUCGAGAAUGGUAGCUUGCUGAUUGAGAAUAUUGGCUUGAAGCUCAACAACAUAUCUCCUUCUGUCUUCAAUGCCGGAGCCUACCUCUACUGGUUCAUCAACGAAGUCGUGGGAACAGCUGAGGACGACCUGAUCUACGACAUGAACGCCUUCCUAGGAGUCGCGCCCCUGGUCCAGUGGGAAGUACUUUCCCUGUCUCCUCACCACCUCAGACGUCAAGGCCCUGCUCACCCUGGCGCACGAGACAAUGACCACACCGACGGCGCCCUCAUCCUGCAGAAGGCCGAGUAUAUGCACUAG